AACCAUAACAACUACAGGCCCGCCUCCUUCACUUCCUGUAAACAAAGCAGCAGUUGGCUGUCAGUUACUUUCUCGUUAGUUUUUAACCUGUUAUUCGGCGUUUUCAGUGAUGGCUCAAGCCGGAGUUCUCCUGGACAAGGACCAGUUCAACUGCUCCAUCUGUCUGGACGUGCUGAAGGACCCAGUAACUAUACCGUGCGGACACAGCUACUGCUCGGUCUGCAUCCAGAACUACUGGGGCCAGGACGACUACCUCGGGGUUUUUGUCUGUCCGCAGUGCCGGCAGAGUUUCAACCCGAGGCCGCUGAUCUCCAGGAACACCAUUCUGGCCGACGUGGUGGAGAAAUUCAAGAAGACGACACUCCAGGAGGACUCGGCUGUCUCGGCAGCUGGCCGAACUUUCGCCGAAGCAAACGACGUGGAGUGCGACGUCUGCAGCGGGAGGAAGAGCAAGGCGGUCAGCUCAUGCCUGGUUUGUCUGGCCUCGUACUGCGAAGACCACGUCCGGCCUCACUACGAGUCCUCGACAUUCAUGAAACACAAGCUGGUGGCGGCCUCCAAGCGACUCCAGGAGAACAUUUGUCGGCGACACGACAAGCUGUUGGAGCUGUACUGCCGCACCGACAAGCGCUGCAUUUGCUCUAUGUGCCUGACCGACGAGCACAGGGGACACGACGCGGUUCUGGCCGAGGAGGAGAUACAGCAGAAGCAGAGGCAGCUCAGUGAGAUUAAGCAGAGCUCCCAGCUGAGGAUUCAGCAAAGAGAAAAGGAGGUGCAAGAGCUGAGAAAAGCCAUUUUCUCUCUCAGUCGUUCGGCUCGUGUAGCAGCUGAGGAGAGCGACGCCGUCUUCUCCGAGCUGAUUCGGUCGAUAGAGCUGAAGCGCUUUGAGGUUAGAGAACUGAUAAACGAUCAGGAAAAGAUGGCCAUCGGUGAAGCGGAGAAGCUGCUGGAGCAGAUUCAGAAGGAGAUCGCACAGCUGAAGAAGAAUGAAGAUGAACUGGAUAAGCUUUUCCAUGCUGAAGACUCCGUCCACUUUCUUCAGAGCUGUCAGUCCCUCCACGCUCCACCUGUGCUGUCGGCUUCGCCUUCAUUCACAGAUGACCCCGGCCUCACAUUUGGCCUGGUGACGACAGCCGUGUCAGAUUUUAAGACGCUGCUGCAGGAGGUCUGUCAGGAUGGAUUUGUCAUCAUUUAUGAGAGAGUGAGAAAUGUAGUAAUUGUAAGGAGUCCAAAUCUCACAGUCCAGCCUGACAGGACAGAGAUGAAUGAAACUGGGGCGGCUGUACAAAUGGAAGCAGCUGCAUUGGGCCCUUCACCUGGUCUAGACCAAAGUCCCGUGAGCCCUCUCAACCCCUUCCGCACUCAAAAACCUGUCAUACCAGCGUCGGCCUUCUCACAGUUUGUCUCUACUUUCUCCUCUGGAUCCAGACAUAAGCACCCUCAGCGACGUGCUCACCCCAGGAGAAAAUAAGACUUCUUAUGGAGAUCAAACUCGCUAGCUGAAUGCUAUUAUGCUAUUAUACUCAAGUGCUGUCCUCACACAAAGCCACAAUGACACUCCAGUCAUUUAAUUGCUUUUUUUUUUUUUAAAAAUCAGCUAUACUUGCAUAUUGCAUGUAAGCAGUGGUAGAACAGGCAUGGGGGAAGUACCACUGAACAUCCCACUGACAGUGUAUUCACUUCCUGAAGUGUUAAGCAGCAAAAAGCAGGACUGACUUACUGGAUCUUAUUUCAGGACAAUAUUUUGUUAUUUAGUAAAGAAUUAUCUUUUAUGCCUUUAUAUUAUUUAUUUUUUAACCAACACUCUGUAAACAGUCAUUUGGCUUCAAAGAUAAUGUGAAUUAUGUGACAUG